AUGCUACCCACCAACGUGACUUUCAGGGUCUCCCUGGAGGAGCGAGCGUUGUCUGCGGCCUUCAUCGCCAUCAUCAGCAAUAUCUUCUUGGUGGUCAACGGGGUCAUGCUGUUCACCUUGAGAAGUAAACGUGUGUUUCGGGAGACAUCGCGCUACAUGCUGCUGUAUAACCUGCUGCUUGGAGAAACGGUGCAGCUUGCCCUCGGCCUGUUGUUGUACUUGUUUAACGGCUCACGCGUCAUGAUGGCGUACGACUUAUGCAUCGUGCUCAGCGUGCUCACCAUGCUCACCAGUAGGAUAUCACCUAUGAUGCUGGUGAUAAUGUCGCUGGAGAGAUACGUGGCCGUGUGUCACCCUCUCAGACAUGCCUCUGUUAUGACUGUCAGGAACACGACGGCGGCAGUGAUCACCGUGUGGGUCGUUGGUUUUCUAAAUUCUUUUAUUCAGGGGCUUUUAAUGUUGCUGUUUCGUGCAGACAAGAUGGAGAGUUUGCUAAAUACAUACAAAUGCAACAGUGCAAAUUUCUUCUUUGUGCCUAUUUCUGAAAUGUACUACAAAGUGUCCGUAUAUGUUCUGUUCAUCACAGCAAGCCUGAGCAUCCUUUUUAGUUACGCGGGCGUGGUGGUGGCAGCCAGAUCGGCGGCCGCGGACAAAAACUCGACCCGUAAAGCUUUGAACACGCUGCUGCUGCAUCUGCUACAGCUUGGCCUCUGCCUCUUGUCCACGUUCUUCUCCAGCAUCAUGACAUACCUCGCAUCUUUGAUGAGCUGGGGGAUCACGGUUCGAGUCCAGCUAGUUUUAUUUGUAUGUGUUUUCCUACUACCCAGAUGUUUGAGUUCUCUUAUUUACGGGCUGAGAGACGAGAACAUCCGAGUGGUGAUCAUGGGCCGUCUCUGCUGUCGCUUCAAAGUGUCAGUCGGUACCGUCAAAAUUGCGCAUGCGUCCUGAGAGCACCAUUCAAACUUUACUCCUACUGCUGUCAAAAAACACUUGCUG